CGAGGAAGAAAACCAGUAUUGUACAAAAAUAGCAAAAUCUAUGAGGAAGGAUGCAAGAGAUCUAUAAAAAUUCCUAAAAUAUAAAAGAUUAUAAAAUAUGCAAUUGUAUCCUAUCGUGAUAUCAAACUGCUGCAAUUAUCCGACAAACUGAACACGUUAGAAUGGCUGGAUACAGAGGUCGCAGUUUAUUAGAUGAUUCCGAUUCUUCAUCGCCGGAAUCGUCGGAAACCUCAGAAUCUGACGAAGAGGAAUCAACUGAGGAUUCCGACGAGUUAGAAGGGGCCACCUAUUUUCCCAAGCACAGUUCCCCAGGAUCAAGUUUUCAAGUCAAAUCGGGUUUCCAGAUCGGUAAUAUUACAGUCAAUAUUGUUGGAGGAGAUAUUACCAGACAAAAGGUUGACGUAAUAGUUCACAGUGCAAAUCCUAGUCUUGAUCUGAGACAAGGGAGAGCAUCCAGUUCUCUCCUAUCUGCAGCUGGGAAGGGCAUUCAGAGAGAAUGCAUUCAGAAAUAUCCGAAGAAGUUAUCCCCAGGGGAAAUAGCCGUCACAACAGGAGGAAAUCUUACCUGUAAGGCUAUCUAUCAUGGAGUUCUGACAAAAUAUUCAUCCAAAAAAGACGAAAAGAUUCUAGCAGACUUGGUGACAGAGUGUCUGGAUAAGGCUGAUGCUGACGGUUACAGAUCCAUCGCCUUCCCACCAAUUGGGACCGGGUACCUGUCUUACCCCUCACCCAGAGUUGCUGAAAUUAUGUUGGAAUGUAUUGAAGAUUGUACUUCUCGAUCAAUAACAUCUGUGGCCAUUGUUAUAUACUCACAAGAAAGCAGCACUUUCCAGGACUUCUUAAAUGCAGCAGUUAAGUAUUCCUCAUCAACAUCAAACAAAUACCUAUUUUUUCUUUCAGAUCAAAAACAUGGCGGCAGUCCUUCCAAAGUUUCCAGUAAUUCUGGGAAUAGUGUUAGGCUUGGAACUGUAAAUGUGAAAGUAGUUCUUGGUGCCUUAAACAAGCAGAGUGCUGAUGUUUUAGCUCAUUGCGCACCAAAAGACUUGAACCUCAGCACCGGUGCUCUAUCACGGGUUUUACUAAAUGACGCAGGGUCUGGACUGCAGACGGAACUCAACAACGUAGCCGCAAAGGGAAUAAAUUUUGGAGGAUUGGCUAUUACAAAUGGAUACAAUUUGUCAUGCAAAUAUGUCUUCCAUGGCACUUUGCCAAAAUGGGGAACACCCACUCCUGAUCCUGCUGGGUGUUUGGAACAGUUUGUUACCGGUUGUCUAGAAACGGCGAAUUUAAACUCGAUAAGGUCGAUAGCAUUUCCAACGUUAGGCAUUGGCGCUUUGGAAUAUCCCACAAAAACCGCUAUCAAAGUUAUGGUACAGAGCAUCCAAAAGUUCAGCAGUAAACACCCACAAGCUAGUCUUACAGAUGUCAGCAUUGUGAUAUUUAAAGGAAGCAAAGAUUCUUCAUUAGUCCAAUCUGAGCUGUUAAAUGAACUUGGAAUCGGUAAAAGUGCUUCAGGUUCGACUUCCAAAGCAACACCGGCACCUUCUUCCACUGGAAUGUCACGUACAAAGUUUAGCAAAAAUAUAGGCAAAAUUGCUGUGAAUGUUAUAGUAGGAAGUCUGCCUGAUCAAAAUGUGAGUGCAGUGGUCAAUGCCGUUGGAACUGACCUCAACAUGAACAAUGCCUCUUCCACCGCCCUGGUGGCUGCUGCCGGACCGAACCUCGUAAAAGAGCUUCAUCAUAAUUGUCCCAAUCAGCUUGCUUUAGGGUCUGUUGUUGUUACCAAGGGUUACAAUUUAAAGUGCUCCGAAGUUUUUCACGGUGCCUUAUUGUCAUGGUAUGAUAAAGCUCAUGGCAAAGCCGUCCAACCUGAUAUUAUAUUGGAGGGCUUUGUCUAUCAGUGUCUGAAAACGGCCAAUUCUCGUGGACACAAGUCCAUAGCGUUCCCAGCACUUGGAACGGGACAACUAAAGUUCCCAUUAGACGUAGCUGCUGCUUGCAUUGUGGCGGCAAUUCGAAAGUUUUCAGCCAAAUAUAGCAUUUCUGAAGUACGAAUCGUAUUGUAUGGCGGAAGUCCGGACUUAAAGCAGUUAGAAAAGGCGUAUAAAGAUGAAUUGACUAAUCCUGGAAGAAAAGUGAGCGCUGCUGGUCACCCAGUACCGAGCGGACAGUAUUCGCAAUACACGGAACCUCAGCGUGGGACUAAAGCUUGGUUUGCAUGGAAGUACAGAGAGGACCUGAGAACACCGAAAUAUUGGACAAAAUACACAAGUACAAAAAAAUUAAAAGACUGGAAUUUGGAUGUCAAAACAAAUACUCACUCUUUAGAAAAUGUAGACCAAUUGGCUUUCAAUUCAAUAAGCGCUGCUCUGAAAAGCACAUUGGGCGGAGCAAGAAUCAUAAGCAUAAAAAGAGUAGAAAAUGUGGGUCUUUUUCAAAAAUAUGCUGAUGAAUGCCAAAGAUUAUUUCGGAAAGCAAGUGUUGAAGGAAACUUUGUUGCACUUGAAAAAUUACCCAGUUCACAAGGCCCUGUUAGAGUAAUGAAGAAAUUGGACGCGUCUUUGAUCCGACAUACCUACCCAGAAAUUAACGAUUAUUACUUUUUCCAUGCUACAAAAGCCCCGUUUGUAGACGUGAUAUGUUCACAAGGAUUAGACAGUAGAUUGGCUGCUAAUGGAAGACUCGGGAGUGGCGUCUAUGGAGCAGAGGUGGCAUCAAAGUCCCAUGGAUAUUCAGGACCAAAUAAUAAAGGAGAACAUCCCAUGUUUCUGAUUAGGAUGUGUCUUGGGGAUGUGUUUUUGACGGGAACUGGAGGAAGUUUUAGACGCCCCCCGUGUAAAAUUUGCCGCAGGGAUAUUUGUACUACUCAUCAAGAGUCACAUGACAGUGUAGUGGCCAAUGGUGGAACUUUUUCAGAUCGAGAGUUUGUUGUUUAUGAUAGGAAUCAGUCCUACCCUGAAUAUCUUAUUUGGUACAAGUAGUUUAGAUAGAGUGAAAAAAUUAUAGUGACUUCAAAGGUGCCCUUUCAUAGCUUUGUGUGAACUACAGUUCUAUAAUUAUAACAACGUGCGCGACGUCAUUUUAUUUUUACCAUUAAUAACAGGUUAACAACUGAAAAAAGGAAGU